CUAGACUUAAGUUCCUCAGGCGCGGGUUCGCAGCCACUGUCAGCCCCGCCCGCCGUGUUGUCGGAUCGAGACCUUCCUGGGCAGCCAUCACUCUCCCGUCGUCGGACACAGCCGUCUGCACUCCUGUGUUCUCCAGCGGUCCGGACACAAUAGUAUGAUCUUUAAGUGUUUCGUCUCCCAGCCAUUUUCUAUGGAAAAUCAAGGGGAUCGGGCCAUGAUAGCCACUGGCAGCUUUGAAGAACGGGACACCUUUAGAGAAGCUUGAUCUUGGAGGCCUCAGCGUGAGACCUCAAAGCACCCUCCGGGCUUAGAACUCCGGCAGAGUUCCUCUGUCUCGUCUUGCCGAUUGAAGGUCCCCACUUCUCCAGUUUCUCUCCAUCUUCUGGGAGGUAGCAGGAAAUCAGAAUCAUGGUUGGUUUCAAGGCCACAGAUGUGCCCCCUACAGCCACCGUGAAGUUCCUGGGGGCUGGGACAGCUGCCUGCAUUGCAGAUCUCAUCACUUUCCCUCUCGAUACUGCCAAAGUCCGGCUGCAGAUCCAAGGAGAGAGUCAAGGGCUAGUGCGCACCGCAGCCAGCGCCCAGUACCGAGGCGUGCUGGGCACCAUCCUAACCAUGGUACGCACUGAGGGUCCUCGCAGCCUCUACAAUGGGCUGGUUGCCGGCCUGCAGCGCCAGAUGAGCUUUGCCUCCGUCCGCAUUGGCCUCUACGACUCUGUAAAGCAGUUUUACACCAAGGGCUCAGAGCAUGCAGGCAUCGGGAGCCGCCUCCUGGCAGGUAGCACCACAGGUGCCCUGGCUGUGGCUGUGGCCCAACCUACAGAUGUGGUGAAGGUCCGCUUCCAGGCUCAGGCCCGCGCUGGUGGUGGUCGGAGAUACCAGAGUACUGUGGAAGCCUACAAGACCAUUGCACGAGAGGAAGGGAUCCGGGGCCUCUGGAAAGGGACCUCUCCCAAUGUUGCCCGUAAUGCCAUUGUCAACUGUGCUGAGCUGGUGACCUAUGACCUCAUCAAAGAUACUCUCCUGAAAGCCAACCUCAUGACAGAUGACCUCCCUUGCCACUUCACUUCCGCCUUCGGGGCGGGCUUCUGCACCACCGUCAUCGCCUCCCCUGUUGAUGUGGUCAAGACGAGAUACAUGAACUCUGCCUUGGGCCAGUACCGCAGCGCGGGUCACUGUGCUCUUACCAUGCUCCAGAAGGAGGGGCCUCGAGCCUUCUACAAGGGGUUCAUGCCUUCCUUCCUCCGCUUGGGAUCCUGGAACGUAGUGAUGUUUGUCACCUAUGAGCAGCUCAAAAGAGCCCUAAUGGCUGCCUAUGAGUCCCGGGAGGCACCCUUUUGAGCCGCUCCAGCUACUGACCUGGACCCUGCUCCCCAUCCCUGCCUUGUCUUUCCCUUCAUCCUCUCUCUGCCCAGCCCCAGUCUCUUCCCAUUUCCCACACCCUGACUCCUCUUCCACCUCAUCUCCCUAUGCCUCUGUACUGAUGACCCCACAGGGAGGAGGCCUGACACCAGACCCUGAGCCUUCAGUCCUUCCUACCGUUAAGCCUAAAUCUUUGUCCUCAUCCCCAGCCCAGCUCAGCCAGCCUUCACCCAUAAAGCAAGCUCAAUGUUG